GUCAACCAAUAACAGCCAACCCUCCUCCACCCUCUGACAUCACAGCUCAGGUUUUGACAUCUUAGUUUAUUUUUCUACUUCCUCAUCUGCUUCGUCUCUAGUGCGCACUUUGUCAAUGGUGACAACUAUCUGCAUCAGCCAUCUGCAUAAACGCAAUACACAGUGACCCCCAGUUCACGACUUACCAAAUGGCAUCAUGUGGGCUUUGCACAUUCUACACAUAUGGAACAGAAGAUAAAGUGCUGUGUUCUGGCUAUCUGUACAAGUCUCCCCCUGCAAAUCUAAUCAAAUCGCAGAAAUCAUGGAAGAGGAGGUUUUUUGUUCUGAAGAAGAACAAAACUUCAUGCCAGCUCGAGUACUUUAAAAAUGAAGAAAAGACAAAGACUGAACUGCUGGGAGCCAUAGAUCUGUCUCAAGUCUCGCUGAUGUUUCUGCAUCCUGAGACACACUCCAUGUGGAAAUGGGUCCAUGAAAACUUCAAAUGCUCUGCGACCUGUGUUCUUUUCAUGAAAGUGAUGGACAGGGACUAUUUUUUCAUUGGAGAAAACAGCUGGGAGAUGGAGAGGUGGUUCCGUGCUUUAUUUGACGCCCUGAAAAAUCGUCCACACAGGCUGCUCGAUCCUCAGGAUUCUGGGAGAAUCAGAGACAUAAGUGAACCUCCACAUUCACAGAACACAGAUCAGGGAGCUGAGUGGGCACUUGAAGCGUACUCUGCCUCUGAGAUCAGCCAAGAGCCUAUCUAUGCCUCCGCAGUGAAGCGCACUACGUGAGAAGACGAGAAAAAGACGAGGGCUAAAGUGAAAGCAAGAUAAAGAAGAAUCUCAAGAGAUGCAGAUGCACAAAACACAUAUACAGUAGUGUGCAAAAGUCAAAAACACUCUUCGUUGAUUUAAUUUCCACACUCAGCACAAGGAAAAAAGUAAAAACCUAUUUAAGAGAAAAUUACACAGGCCUCUCAACGAUGAAAUGUAAUAUAAGUUUGUUUUAGUAUUUAUUGUGUUCACACUGCCUUUAUUACAGCUUCCAAUCAUUUUGCCUUCCAUUUUCCAAAGAAAUCUGCAGGGCAAUUUUUUCACACAUUCAAGGUUCAUUCUUAAAAGUUGGCUGUAUUUUUUUGCUUCUUGAGGUCCAAAUAAUCUCAUCAGUCCAAGAAAUUAACUCCACAUCUCAGAUGUCCAGUUUUGGUGUUCUAAUGCAAAUUUACUUCCUUUUUGUCAGUUUCCUUUUCUCAGUUACAGCGUUAAACAGCGACACAAGUUACCUUCUCACAGUGGAAGGAUGGACAGAAACACCUGUGGAUUUUUUCAAAUCUGAAGCAAGAGUGGAGCCUGAUUUUCUCCUCUCUCUCAUAGAUGAAAGCUUUAAGUGCUGUUUGUCAGUGUCAGUUUUGGUGGUAUAACAGGUCUUGCCUGGUUGUUUUUUCUAUAUCUUUUAAUCAGUUUUUGAACUUAGUUUUGGAAGCUCACAUUUUUUCACAUAUUUUUCUUCAAGUUUCCUCUUCCUUAUGCACAUGGAUUAUCUUCCAUCUAAUCUCCUCAGAAAUAUUUCCUUUAGCCAUUUUAGAUGCAAAUGAGAAAAAAAAUGUGCAAGGCUGUGAAGGUAAAAUUGAGUAGUUGCUUGUGUGAAUGUUUGUUUCAGUAUAAUGUCAGUGACUGUGUUUAAAAAUUUUGGUUUUUGUUGAAGUAUCUAGUAUAAAUGUGUUUCCUGCUUUUUCUCUGUCAAAUUUGACUUUAAUGGCCGUUUUGACUAGAAAUCAAAUAAAUGAAAGGGUGGUUUCUGACUUUUGCACAAUACAGCAUGUAUGCUGAAGAGCUGCCUUCAGUGUCGGAUUCAGAAAAUUACAGUAUCUGUAUGAUUAGAACAACUGUAAUAUUGAUAAUAUUGUAAUAUUCAUCUACUGUGAACGAUCUGUGGAUCAUGAGCUACAUAAAUAUGUAAAUUAUAAUUCUGUUAGCGUCACUGUCAUUGUACAAGUCUAUGAGAAACUCAUAUCUGUAUAUGAUGUACGUAUUGACUUAUUUAUACUGGAUGAUUUCAGUGUCAUGGUAACACAUUUUUUGCGGGUCAUGUCGAUUGAAGAGUUUUUCCAAGCUUUGGAAAUUACUCCAAAUAAUACCAAUACUACUAAUACUUAUAGUGCUAAAGUAAUUACAGAAGUCAUACUAGAUGGUACAUAGUGAUAUGUAAUUUACUGUUACAUUAUAGUAGUAACACUGAGUGGAUUUCUUUAAACAAUGACAAUGUGAUUUUAUAUUUCUGUCACUGUUAUACUGAUUGGCGGUAUUAACCAGCAUUAACCAGGUAAGUUUGGCAAAGGACUAGAUAAUUAUGUUGUUAUGUUUCAAGACAGUUUAAUCCCGUGAAAUCCCAGGAUUAUUACAAACUAAGGCUUAUUAUUCAUGAACUACAGAGACUUCAAUGCAAACUGGUUCAGCUAUUCUUAGGUUAUAGAAGUAUGUUAUUAACUGGAUGAAUGUGAGAUACAAUCUUCAAAAUUACACUGAAAUUCUUAACAGGUUCCAGCUAUCUAAACUGAUAAAGAACAUAGUAAAAUACUGUAUAAAUAUUUGGAGUAACAAGGUAGUAAGUAUAAAUGUACACUAAAUUUCAAUACAAGGUCACACAUUUAAGCAGGAAAGUAAAAACACCUCCAAGCAGUGGGUAAGUUAUGAUGUAAAAUGACAACACACAGAUAGUUUUCUGAAGUUAUUGGAAAGGACUCAGUAAAACUAUAGCAGGAAGCAUUGCUUUCCUGUACAGCCCAGAUCCAGUGUUGUUUAGAGGCAAUAGAUUCUAACACAUUACCUAAGGCACUUUGUAAUUUAUUGUACAUAAUCGUUUUAUGUCACAUCACUACCUGGUCCUUUUUAAGCAAAAUAAUUACACAAUACUGUGGAGUUUAUACCACAUACUUACCCAGUUAAUACUUAGAACCUUUUGGGUAUUUCAGUGUAGUUUAGGUGGACUGUCUUGGAACUUAUCAUCAAGUAACCAAAGAUAAUAUCUAGUACUUUGGAGUUUGUACCUCACAACUAAACCUGCUAUGGGAGUACCACCUACCUGGAAAAUCAAUUAGAUAAAAAAAUGUCUUGAAUUCUUAAAGUUUGAAUUAUAAAACCUUUUUGUAAUAUGUUCUUCUGUCUUGUCUUGUUCUUGAGUUACACAUUUCCGAAAUCAUUUUCUAAACAUGUCAUUAUUUAUUAAGUAGUGUGGUCUGACUGAUGGUGCAUCGUAUGGUUCUGAAUGCUAACAAUAAAUAAUGCAUCGGUUUGUCUGAAACUGAGGUGCUUUAAAUCUAUUUCUUGUCUGAUGUGAUUAAGAAACAAAUCAACGUGAUACUGUCAGCCUGUUCAUUUAAAUAAAAUGUCAGAUUUACACAUUGCAGCCUACUGUUUAUGGUGUAAAAAUGGUUCACUUUUCCUGAUGCCAAUGGAUGUUUCAUAAGGAAGUGUCCCGCUUUCAUAAUUAAGUAGCUCAGCACUGUUUUGGCUGUAACCUAGUUUUGUAUGCUUGUUUUAUGUAAUUACUAAUAGUUAUGUAUUACUAAAUAAAUA